GCGUGAUUUGGGCCUUGAUGAAAUUAACAAAUUAAUUAAUAAUUAUCAUUUGUCAUUUAUGAUGUGAACGACUAUAUAUAAUAAUUAAUAGCCCAUGUGAUGACGUGCUGUAGAAGAAGCAAAUAGCUACCUGCAGGUCAUCAUGACAACAGCAGUAGAGGCAGACCUCUUCACUCCUGAGUUUAAACGUUUCAAAGCUAGGAAGCAGGACCUGGAUUUUAAAAAUGUCUUGGAUCUUGAUGAAGAUACAUUGUCACCUUUAAUUUCUAAGGUAUAUUUGAGAAAUGAAAGUGCCAUGACUCCAAUAGCUGGCCUGAAGCCUUGCACUGAUUGGAAUGUUUAUCAGUUUCCUUCAUGGCCAGGCUUGAUGAUAGUAAAAAACCCAUUUCUGCCUGGGUGCCAGGGCUACUGGAUCUCAAGAUGUCUGGCAGACUUCCCCUCAGACCCAGACAACAUCACCAACUUGUCUGCUCUGGGCGCUGAGAGAGGUGAAAGGUUAUGGCAAGAUUUUAUUCUCAAGGGAAGCACUGAACUGACCAAAGCAGAUAGGCUGAGACAACUGCGGUGGACAACAUUAGGCUACCACUAUAACUGGACUACAAAGGAGUAUUCAGCCGAGAAUGUGGGCCAGUUCCCCAGUGAUGUCAGCUGUCUGUCUCAGUACUUGGCUGCCUGCCUGGGCUUUGGGCCCUACAAGCCCCAGGCCGCCAUUGUCAACUAUUAUCACAUGGACUCCACACUGGCUGCUCACACAGAUCACUCAGAGCAAGAUCAUUCUGCACCACUCUUUUCCAUCAGUUUUGGACAGACAGCUCUAUUUCUGAUUGGAGGUGUGACAAAGUGUGUGCUACCACUAGCAGUCAAGUUAAAAAGUGGAGAUGUUUGUGUUAUGAGUGGACCUUCUCGGCUGGCUUAUCAUGCUGUGCCCAAAAUUUUACCUCCAACACAAGAAGAGUUCCCUGCUUACCUACAGCCUUUUGUUGGCUCUCUCACACCACAGAACUGUUGCUCGCAAGGUGGGUGUGGCCACAAGACUGACUUGUGUACACACACACAGGAUGGUGGGUGUGGCCACAAGACUGACUUGUGUACACACACACAGGAUGGUGGGUGUGGCCACAAGACUGACUUGUGUACACACACACAGGAUGGUGGGUGUGGCCACAAGACUGACUUGUGUACACACACUCAAGGACUUUUUCAGGACUUACUCUAUCAGUGCCCAGGGGAAGAUAAUCAUGCCCUCAACUUGGCGCCAUCUUUUCAGCAAUAUCAGAGAGAUAUUGAUCAAGUGAACUAUAAGAUUUACACUGUGCUAAAGACUUUAGAUUUGACUCCAUUUGCUAGAUAUUUGAAGUCAUCAAGGAUCAAUAUCAACAUUAGACAGGUACUACCUCAUGGUGUAACAUCUCUCCAACAUAUGCAGCAUUAACAUGGUUACCUUUUCAAAAUAAAUAAAAAUAUAUUCCGAC